AUGGGCAACGACGGGGGCUCGAUACCCAAACGGCACGAGCUUGUCAAAAAUGCUGCUCGCGCGCCCACAGUGUCAGAACUGAAAGCCACGGCUUUAGAGUCUCUUGCUCACGCAUGGACUCAUUGUGCCCUCAGCAACCAGGUCCUCGACAUGGAGACGGCCGUAUCAGAUUGGCGCGGACGACUCUUCAACUACGAGGCAGUUUUGAGAGGCUUGAUGCCCUCGGAUCAAGCCGCCGAGACCACGCCUGCUGCUUUCGGCAUCAAGUCGCUGCGGGACAUUGUCAAGCUGGUAUUCUCCAAGUCCGGGGAUAAAUGGACAUGUCCCAUUUCCAUGAAAGAGAUGGGCCCAUCAACAAAGGCGGUCUAUUUGGUGCCUUGUGGCCAUACUUUUGCCGAGAUUGCCAUGAAUGAGAUUCAAGAGGAAUCAUGCCCCGGGUGUGGCCAAGCUUUUACGGAGGAGAAUGUCAUUCCGCUCCUUACCGCAAGCGAGAAAGAUUUGCAGCGGCUGGAGAGGAGGGUAGAGGACUUGCGAGAGAAAGGACUUGCCCAUAGUCUGAGGAAAGACAAGUCGGACAAGAAGAAUAAGAGGAAGCGCAAGGGCGAUGAGGGGGUUGGGGACGGCGGUCAAGUCAAGAACAAGUGGUAUAAACAAUCCGGCAGCUGCAUCUCUGACCGCCAAGGUUUUAUCGGAGCAGGAUGCGAGGAAUAA